CUUGUUCCGUUAGUCAAACUGAUCCAACGCCUCGAACUCCUUAUUCGAGGAGACGCAAGGCCCCCUAUCAGAGCCACCUACCCACUCCCUCUCUGUCUUUAGCAACCGGCAACCGUUUGAAAGCACAGCCCUUUGUUUUAGCUGUAGCUGACCCUCCAGUCUCCCCCGGUUUUUAUUAAGCCCUGCGUGUAUAUCCUUUACCAUGGCGGCGAGUGCGAAACGAAAACAAGAGGAGAAACACCUGAAGAUGCUGAGAGAAAUGACGAGUUUGCCUCCCAACAGAAAGUGCUUUGACUGCGACCAGCGCGGCCCAACCUAUGCCAAUAUGACUGUGGGCUCCUUCGUGUGUACCUCCUGCUCUGGCAUCCUACGAGGACUGAAUCCACCCCACAGAGUCAAGUCCAUCUCCAUGACGACCUUCACGCAACAGGAAAUAGAGUUCUUACAGAAACAUGGCAAUGAGGUAUGUAAACGGAUCUGGCUUAGCCUUUAUGAUGACAGAACCACCUCAAUACCAGACUUCAGAGAACCACAGAAGGUCAAGGAGUUCCUCCAAGAGAAAUAUGAGAAGAAGAGAUGGUAUGUACCUCCUGAGCAGGCCAAGGCAGUGACCUCCGUCCAUGCUUCCAUCUCUGGCUCCUCAAACAGCAGCACUAGCAGCACCCCGGAGGUCAGACCACUCAAAUCCCUGCUGGGGGAGUCGGCCCCCUCCCUACACCUCAACAAGAACACCCCACCUAAUCAGUCUCCAGUGGUGAGCCGUGGACAAACCCAUCAGCAGCAGUUCCAUGACAAGAGGUUCGACCUCCUCAGUGACUUGGGAGGAGACAUCUUCGCUGCCCCGCCCAACAUGAACGCAGGCGCCAGCUCCAGUUUCGCCAACUUUGCACAUUUCAACAGCCACACAACAGCACAGAGUGCCAACGCAAAUGCAGACUUUGCUAAUUUCGAUGCAUUCGGGAGCACUUCUGGGUCGACAGGUGGUUUCCCAUCCGCACCCCAAGCUUCAUUCCACCCCUCAAAUACAGGAGCUGGUAUUCCUGUUGGGGUGAGCGCAGCGGCUGCAGGAGUCGGUGGUUUGCCUCAGAAGCACCCAGCGAUGCCUGCAGGGGGCGACCGCUAUGCUGCUCUAGCUGAGCUUGAUACGGUCUUUGGCCCUCCAGUGCCUGUCGCCAGUGUUUACAACACCACCAGCACCUCACAAGGGGGUGUAUACGGCCCAGAGACUGGGAUGUCAGCAGCACAAGCGCAGCAGGCCCUGCCUGGCAUGGCUCAAGGUUUUGGAGCUCAGUCCACUAAUCCGUUUGUAGCUGCCCAAUCAGCAGCUCCCACCAACCCAUUCCAGAGCAACGGUAGAGCAGCAAACAUGGCGGCCGCUGCAGCAGCUGCAGCAGCAUCAUUUGGCACAGGCUCCAUGAGUAUGCCGGCUGGAUUUGGGAACACUGCAGCCUUCAACCUCCCCACCAGCUUCAGUGGGACCUUCCAGCAACCCUUUCCUGGCCAGGCUCCCUUCCCCCAGCCUCCUGCGUACCCCCAGCAACCCAACGGUGGAGGAUUUCCAAUCUAUGGUCAGGCCAAACCUGUUGGGACUCCUUUCGGGCAGGCGAUGGCUGGACCUAUGAUAUCCAGCAACCCUUUCCUGGGUGCCGGUCCGUCUGCACAAUAUCCUGCAGGAGGCUCUUCCACGAAUCCCUUCUUAUAGCGAUCCAUCCAAUCAGCUCCACUACAGGGUCAACAACUGGCGCGCUUGCACCUAUUGCACUGUAUUGUUUCACAAGUAGCUUUAAACACAAUGUUUGUAAGGAUUUGUAUUUUCUAUCGCAGUUUGUCACAAACGGAACAAUAUGACAGACCAUCAUGCUGACACUGUCUCUGAGGGAGAGGUCGAUCCCCUCUUCUCUAUUUAACCUGUGAACUGGCCUCUACUGAACCACAAUGUAUAAUCAAACUGGCUGAAAACUAAGUUAUUGCAUACGGUAUAUCUCAUUCAUUAUGCUGCAAUUCUGUACAUAUUCAUUUUUUUUUUUUCGUUUUAAGAAAUUAGCGCUUUGUGCAUAUCAGUAUUUGUAUCUAACACACAAGAUUUGUUAAGACAGAACUGUUGCUUGGAAAAGUUAAUGGGUACUGCCACUUACUGUAUUUGUGAAGAACCAACUGUUUAUUUGUGCAGGUUCCUUUUUAGGUAAACAAAAAACAAAAGUCUAUUCUGUUGGCGAGAGAUGAAAGGAGUGACUGCGUCAGGGGGGGCUGAGACACGAGUCCCCUGCCCCCCCGUCCUGCUGACAGAGGCCCGGGUCACUAAGCUUUUGAACUGCAGUCAGGCCGUGAGUGGCUGCUGAGCUGAAAACCACUUACAUUAGGUAUUAGAGAAUUUUAAGUUAAUGUGUAAAUAUAUACAGUAUAUAUAUUAAAAUGAAUUUUAAAUAAGAAAGAAAUGACCAAACCAUUCAUUUAUAUUGAUGUAUGGAAUAUCUUGUAUAUUUGAUUUGUAUAUAAAAGAGAGAAAAAGAGAAGACUCAUAUUCAUGGUGUUGCAGUCAGUAAUUUAAAGCAGAGUCUGGAGGUUCAGUUUGGACGGGUGGGGUGGACUCGACUCUGUCGCUGCUCUGCGCUCUCCAAAGGGUGAACAGACCCCGAAGUGAGAACACGACAGCGAUGAGUGAGAAGUAGCUGGCGUAUAUGGUGAACUGCAAAAAGAAAGUGUUGAGCAGCGAUGAGAGGACAUUGAAACACGUCUGCUGCAUCUACAGAAGACCUGAGACUGCUCACCUGAGGGAUGAUGCCCAGGCCCAGUCCUCCACUGUCCACCACAACAGCCGUGAUGAUCGUCUGUAGCGCCAGUGCUACAAAGUUGUUUGCUCCAAAGACCAGUGCAUAUCUUUCCAUUGACAGGUCCGCUGCAAUUUGGUACCUAAGACAAGUAUUGUUUGUUUAAAUGAACUUUUUUUCUGUUUUGCCUGCAAUAAAAUGAGUCUGACUUUUG